UCAUUUCACAACGGAACCCUAGAAAAUCGAAAAUGGAAGCAAAAGCCAAAUCCAGCGAGCCGAUAAGCGAAACUGAACCUCCGAUUUCCACGGCCGCGCCGACGCCUCCGCCAUGGAUCGAGCUCCCCGAUGAAUUGACAGCGAAUAUCCUGCAAAGGCUGAGCGCCGAAGAGAUACUGGAGACUGCGCAGGAAGUGUGUACUACAUGGUGGAGAAUCUCCAAGACUCUCCCCACGUGGCGCGUGCUUGAGUUGGAUAUUGAUCGUUACGGCGGCAACGAUUUUGAAAUGUUUUACACCUGCGCAAUUAAUCGCAGCCAGGGAGAAUUGACCGACCUGAACAGGACAUAUUGUACCAAAUAUGAGGAUAUGCUAGACUACGUAGUCGAGCGAUCGAGCAAGCUUCUACGCCUUAAAAUUGCGGAGUUUCCGGGAACUGAUUUGCCUAAGGUAAUAAAAAAACUUCAACUGUUGGAAGAGUUGCACCUUAUCAUGUCAAUACUCACUCCCAAAGGAUUUGCAACCAUUGGCAUCUCUUGCCCUGCGCUGAAAUCGUUUACAUAUAAAGUAUGUUGGGACUAUCGUCUAGAAUUUGAGGAAUUUGAGGACACCGACGAGGACUCUUAUGAGGACUCUGAUGAGGACGCUUAUGAGGCCUCCGAAGAAGAAUUUGCUAAUGAGCGCAAUGAUUAUGGUGUAGCAAUUGGAAAAAGCAUGCCUAAUUUACGCCAUCUCCAACUUUGGGCAGUUAAGCUGACGAAUGAGGGACUGGAAGCAAUCCUCAAUGGCUGCCCCCACCUCGAAUCACUUGAUCUCCGGCUAUGCUUUGGUCUUGAUCUGGAAGGGGCUUUGGGUAAAAGAUGUUCUGAGCGUAUAAAAGAUCUGAGGCUCCCUUCUGAUUGUACCCGUGAUAUCGGCCGCUCGUUCAAACCACCUGAUGCUGAUAUUACAUGGGAGGACUUGAAAGCAGACUACUUCAGUUAUCCUGAUUCUGAUUCUGAUCGUUUCAACUAUUUCUGGCCUUGAAAAUUUUGUGAGGCCUAAGAUUUCAAGACAAGGGUCUUAAUUUCUUUUGUAUAAGUGUUGUGUUAGAUUGGUGAACUUUGUUUUUACUAAUGGAGCAUGAUGAUUUUGCUGGUUCCA